AUGAAUUUACAGAUGUUAGUAGCUUCAGAAUCUCAUUUUCUUCUCCGGAUAUUGAAUGGUAGCUUCCAAGUCCUAGACUCUAUCAGAUACCAAAUUGAUAUUCUUUUUGCUGAUUUUUUCUGCUCCAAUCCCAGCUCAAAAUUAAUCAAUACAAGAAAAGAUGGCAUUAUGCGAAGUGCAAUUUGCUGUGAACUAAGAACAGAAGAUUGGCCAUCCGAGAGGAAUGAGUUGCCUCCAAAUCAGGGUGAAGACACAGGUGCGGUCUUCAAUGUAUUGGAUUCAAUGUUGAAGGACAUGUUGGACCGAUUAAAGACUAUGAGGGAAAGAAAAUCAUGGACCUGCAUUGGCUUUGAUAGCAUAUCAAAGUCAAAGUUGCGUAAUGAUGAACACAUCAUCAGAGCAUUGUGCAAGGAAGGUAAACUGGGGCCUGCUUUGUCUCUAUGGAGCAAGAUGAUACAUAAAUUUGUCAGUCCUGAUAUAUUUACGUACAACUAUCUUAUUAACGGACUAAGCAAAGCUGGUGAUUUGGAGAAGGCAGAGUGGCUUGUCAAAGAGAUGCUAUACAGGGGCCCUACUCCUAGUUGUGCUACAUAUAAUACCUUAAUUAAAGGUUAUUGCCGUAAUAAUAAUGUGGAUAGAGCUCUAGAUAUUUUUUCAACAAUGUCUAACCAUGGUAUUACCCCGGACAGAGUUUCUUGUAAUAUACUUGUUGAUGCACUUUGCAAGAAGGGUCUCGUUGAGGAUGCGAAGAAACUUCUAGAGGCAAUAAUAGGUGAUAAGCAUGAUGAGGAAAAGCCAAAUUUAAUUACAUCAACUAUAAUUAUGGAUGGUUACUUUAAAAAUGGGGCUAGUGUUCAGGCUCUUGCCUUAUGGGAGAAGUUAAGGAGUGUCCAAAUUGAUGGAAUUGCCUAUAAUGUUAUUAUCCAUGGAUUCUGUUUGAGCCAAGACACAGUCAUGGUAUAUAAUUGUAUGUGUAAAAUGCUGAAGACUGGUAUUACACCUGAUGUUUUUUCUUACAAUACAUUUAUUGGUUUACUUUGUAAGGAAGGAAAAAUGGAUGAAGCUUGUUAUAUGUUUAAUGUCAUGACAAGAAUGGGUGUUUGUCCUGACAGAAUCACUUACAAAAUGAUUAUUCAAGGCCUAUGUAUGAAUGGAGAGGUUGGUAAAGCCAAUGACUUUCUUUGUUGUAUGCUAGAGAAUUCAAUCAUCCCUGAACCUCUCAUAUGGAAUGUUGUGAUUCAUGGCUAUGGGAGGUAUGGAAGUGUAAGAAGUGCUGAAUACAUUAGAAGCAAGAUGGUUGCAUUUUGUGUUCCGCCUAAUGUAUAUACUUACAAUGCACUGAUUUAUGCAAAGAUAAAUGAUGGAAAUUUCAUUGAAGCUCACUCUUUGAAAAAGGAGAUGCUCUUACAUGGACUUCUCCCUGAUCUGGUCACUUUUAAUCUGUUGAUUGGUGCAGCGUGUAGUGUUGGCAAUAUACAUUCUGCACUCCACCUAUAUGGGGAAAUGUUGAGAAUGGGCUGUGAACCAGAUAUAAUUACUUUUACUGAAUUGCUUAAGUGCUGUUGUAUAUUAGGUAAAAUGAAAGAGGCUGAAUGGCUCUUUGGCGUGAUAAGGAGGUCUGGACUGAGAGUAGAUCAUGUUCCAUUUCUAGUACUGAUGAAAAGAUAUUGGGGAAUGAGGGAGAUUGACAAAGCAUUUGACCUUUAUCAAGAAUGGUUAAUAACAAAGGAUGGAUGAUUGCUUUUAUCACAAAAGCUUGUUGCUGUGAAGUUGGUGAUAGACGGAAUAAAAAGGAUGAAUGCCCCAAAACAAUGGAUGCUGCACAAGUAGAUGGCCAUGAAUUCCCUUAUCUACUGAUUUGCCCUAUGACAAAGGGGUGAUUCCAACUUUGCACUAUUAGAGCUGAGGUGUCUAAGUUCAAACUGUGCAACAUUGAAUAGUGCAUUUUGGGAAGAAUGGCAUCCCUUAAAUCAAUAGUGCUGUGAUGGUGAACUGUCUGCUAUCCAGAUUCACACAUAAAGGCUUAUGAUAUCAUCAAGCUUGAGUUUCAUCGAGUUUGAGGUUGGAAAUGUUGCCAUGGUGACUGGUGGAAGGAAUUGGAGACUUGGCAGUGCAAUCAAUAACAUGGAGAUGCACAAAAGGAACCUUUGAGACCAAUAGACCAUUGAUAUCCAUGAUGCUCUUGGUCAAGAGUUCUCCACUCGGUUGGACAUCUUUACAAUUGGGAAAGUUCUGAUGCAUCUGGACUGACUUCUGUAGGGCAAAGGUAUCAAAUUGUCAAUCUUGCAGCUCAAUCAGUGGCAAAUGCAUAACAUGAUUACGAGUAUAUAUUAGUGCUAGAAACUUUGCCCAGAGGGGAAUCUACCCACCAAAUUUUAUUGGCAUGGGCAUAGUUGCUAUCACUUUGAUCUGAUUGAUUCAUGCUUGAGUUUUUGUUUUUCAAUAGCUAAUUGCUACAUUCAGGCUGCCAGAUCAACUUCUGUCUAAUUUUUGUGAUAGAUUAAACCUGUAAAUUAAAUACGGAUCAACACUUUGCUUUUGAGCCUCUUAAUUUCUCACUGGCACUAGUGAAUCAUCGCAUAUCAACCAUUAAAAGUGACAGUGGUCACAUUUACUUUUCA